GUUGCCUCAGUAGCUCAGUCCAGUCCUCGAUGGCAAUUCAUCAUCAAAAAAUAAUAUAAUACUGCACCUCGGACGUUGAACCGUCACCUCCCCGAGGCACGUCAUGACGACCGCGAGUCCGUGUCCAACCAAGAUUUCCUAAAGUAACGAUAAUAACGUACACAUCACAAGUCCGUCCGGAAGAAUAAAGCAAUGGCUAGUGCAACGUCCAACAGGACGCUGGAAGACAUGAUAGUUGUAGAGCCAGGAGUGGAGCCCGGAGCAUCCGCCGAAACGAUGCUCGUCACCACGGAGAGCAGCUUCGAAGAGUUCGAACAUGAAGUCAGCAACAAUUUAGACAAGGCCAAGCUUUCCAAUGAAACCGCCUCCUCCGCUGUCAGUCAUAACAUCGAGAUACAGCAGGAUCAAAUUCCUCGUGAAUCGUCCGAAGCUAAGGCAUCGUUUACUGAUCUCGAUAAAUCUACGUCCGUCGAGGGCAGUGAUAUGUAUGAGUUAUCGCAACAGUUUGAACAAAAUAAUUUAGAUGUUGAUCCAUUGAGAAAUAAGGUCUGGCUUGCACAGAAGAAACACAUCUUUGUACUGAGCCAAGCUGGGAAACCAAUAUACUCUAGAUACAGUUCUGAAGAUAAACUAGUCACUGUCAUGGGGGUCAUGCAAGCUCUUGUAUCAUUUGUGCAAGCUAAUAACGAUAUGAUUAGAUCUGUUCAUGCUGAUGAUACAAACUUUGUUUUCAUUGUAAGGGGACCACUAAUUUUGGUUUGUGUAUCCAAAACUCUUGAAAGUGUACCUCAACUUGUAUUGCAGUUAUCGUACGUUUAUAAUCAAAUAUUAUCUGUUCUGACACAAUCUCAAUUGACUAGAGUGUAUGAACAGAGAAGAAAUUUUGAUCUGAGGAGACUAUUGACUGGUAGUGAAAGACUAAUAGAUCAUUUAUUGAAUUUCAUGGAUAAAGAACCAGCUUUUUUCCUUGGUGCUGUUAAAUGUCUACCAUUAUUGCCUUCAAUGAGGGAUGCAAUAACACAGACAAUUGUACAAACGUGUGGUAAAAUUAAGAAUUUAGUCUUUGCAAUACUCCUUGCAAAUAAUCAGUUAAUAACAUUAGUAAGAAUGAAAAAAUUUUAUAUACAUCCAGCUGAUCUCCAUUUGAUAUUGAAUUUAGUAGACAGCUCAGAGUCCUUUAAAACAGCUGAAAGUUGGACACCUAUAUGUUUACCAAAAUUUGAUUCUAAUGGAUUUAUGCAUGGACAUGUAUCAUAUUUAGCGGAAGAUUGUCAAGCAUGUUUGUUGUUACUGACUGUAGAUAGGGAUGUAUUUUUUACACUUUCUGAGGCCAAGCAGAAAAUUGUAGAAAAACUUCGACGUACUAAUUGUUUAGAAGCGAUAAAUGAAUCCAUGAAUAAGACUUCCAUUACAACUACUGAAAUUGGAUUACCUGAGAUGAGGCAUGUUUUGUACAAGUGCAAAAGUACUGCACAGUUUUGGAGUCCAGGUUUUCAAGUACCUUAUAAUACAGAUGAACAAGUUCAGAGAUUACUUGGCUGCUAUCAGUGUUUGCAUCAUAGACUUCAUUCACCUAGCAGACCAUUAAAAUUAAUUUUUCAACAAUUAGAUCAGGAAACAAUGCUAGCAUGGGUUACAUCAGGAUUUGAAUUAUAUGUAACAUUUGAACCAUUGGUGACAAAAACUGAUGCAAUUAAUUCAAUAACAAAAUUACUAAAAUGGAUUAAAAAAGAAGAAGAAAGGCUAUUUAUUUUGAAUUCGCCUACUUUUUAAAUUAAAAAAUGAAUC